CGUAGCACUUCCAUUACACUUGACGGCGUAAAAACACUUUGAGAUUCGCCAGAUGUUGGGAACGAAGGACACUCGAGAAGGUUGGAAGAAAUGAAAUGUGAAACACGGGGGGAAAAAAUCGGAAAAUGAUGGGGAAACGAUGCGAUGCGGUAAUGAAAUCACGUCAUGGUGUGUCUUGAGGGAGUGCGUUGAAGUGAUUCCAGUGCGAAUCGCUGUGCGUUUAAAAUCCAGACGAUUGAGAGGAGCUGGAGGAUAUUAACGGUGACAAGUGUGUGGCACGAGUCAGUGUAACAGCGGGAAUUGAAGUAAUAACGCAGGCGAAUUGUACAUUGAGAAAAUUAUGAUUUAAGUUCAGAAGACAUUUAUGCGGAGGUCACUACAAAAUGUUCAUUCGUUUUACUUCAUCGGUAUUCACAAAAAUGACGAAGUGAAUAAAAUAAAAUGACCACUUGGAAGAUCGCCGGAGCGAAGGCAAUUAUUAUUGUAUCAAUCUUCGCUCUGAUUGUGGACGGUGGGAAUUACCCGAGAGACCCGAGUAAAAAGGCCAAAUACCACCUGAGACGAUUGAGCCAGGAUUUUCGGAGAUUGAAGAAGCAAGAGGGUGCAAUUAAACUCGUCGGUGGAAGACAAGCGUUCGAGGGAAACCUCGAGAUACUUCACGAUGGCAAAUGGGGCUCUGUGUGCGAUGACGAAUGGGAUCAUUUGGAGGCGACUGUUGUGUGCAGACAGCUUGGAUUUGAGGGGGCACUUGAGGCCACCGGCAAUUCUCGUUUUGGACAGGCGAGGAGACGCUUUUGGAUGGAUAACAUUUUUUGCGACGGUAGAGAGGAUUACCUCGGAAAAUGCAGAUUUGACGGCUGGGGCAAUUCCGAUUGUCAGAGUAACGAGGCUGCUGGAGUUAUUUGCACUCACGAUAAAGAGGGCGAUCUUCCCUCACCCUCGAUUAGCACGAGGAGAAUUAAAAUAAAGGAGCAUCAUCCCAGACUCCAGCUACGGGUGACUGGGGGGAGGAAUCCCUCCGAGGGACGUGUCGAAAUUAAAUUCCCGGAUGAAGAUUGGGGAAUGGUAUGCGGUGACGGAUGGUCCCUCCUAGAAGCGAGUGUAAUCUGUCGCCAAUUGAACUUGGGCUACGCUUCGAGUGCAAUUCAAACGACACUUCACAGUGAUAAAAACGAAUUUAUGAGCAUCAGUGGCAUUCGGUGUCGAGGAAACGAGCACCACAUCAGCGAGUGUCUCCACGACAGCUCCAUGCAGUGUCCAGGUCGUCCCGGAAAUGUUGCGAGUGUCGCUUGUAGGAGAGAAAUGGCUGAUCUCGUCAUCGAUCACAUCGAACUCAUGAGGACUGCACACCUGGAGGAUAGACCCCUAUUCUGGCUGCAAUGCGCGAUGGAGGAGAAUUGCGUCGCCUCGGAGGCUUACAGGAUACAGAAGGAGUCGGACGAUUGGCUCAGGGAGACCAGGAGGCUCUUGAAAUUCACCGCGAGAAUUCUCAAUGCUGGAACUGCCGAUUUUAGACCAUCGGUUCCUAAACAUCUCUGGGAGUGGCACAUGUGUCACAUGCAUUAUCACUCGAUGGAAGUCUUCGCAACAUUCGACAUAAUAGACUCAACAGGAAAAAGAAUAGCAGAAGGUCACAAAGCAUCUUUCUGCCUGGAGGACAAUCUGUGCAUGCCCGGAGUAAAGCCCCGAUAUAAAUGUGCCAAUUACGGAGACCAGGGAAUAUCAGUGAACUGCACUGAUAUUUAUCGAUACAAUAUUGACUGCCAGUGGAUCGACAUAUCCGAGCUUGAGCCGGGACAGUACUCUCUCAAAGUUGCUGUUAAUCCGGAAUUCAAAAUUGGGGAAAUGUCGUUUGAGAAUAAUGCCGCUGAGUGUCGACUACUCUAUACUGAGUCGCAGGCGCUUGUGCAUGAUUGUGUGGUUGGGAGACCGUAAUGAUAAAUUUUUAUUGAAAAACCUAAUGCUCUCUUCAAGACAUUCAAUUGAAUUUCCAUUUUUAUGGGUCAAUCAAUCAUAAGCUAAAUAGAUUACAGAAUGAUAAUAAAAAUAUUCAACGGGUUUA